UGUUGUCGAGGUACCGGAUAUGCGCCAGAGAUUUGCAAAAGUUCUGUAACUUUAGGGAAACUAUUUGUGAAAUUCGCCAUGUAAUUUGACGGAAACCGUGUACACCUGCGACGAAAAUAUUGUUCAAUAUAAUAAUGAUUACUGCGUUACAGCAAGGAUUAUACAAAGAACAUCAAGGUGUCGAUUUCUUGUCGAGGAAUUUCGAGUCGCAUUUUCUACAUACUCCUCAAUACCAUGAUAGGAUUACUGUGUCACAGGAUCACUUUGACCGUUACCUGUCACGGACCAGCAGGUCACCAAAGGUACCAUGGGGUCGCAGUCUAAGCUAUGGAGGGUUUGGCCCCAUUCAGCUCCCCAAGGAGUAUCGACCCAAGCAGGAGCCCCCCACGCGAGUACAGAAAGGACACAGGCACUUUGGGGGAGGGGUGCUGCCAUUUCCACGUGGUGUACCUAUUGAGCAGUAUUACGAUCUUACCCCAUUGAAGAAAAGCAACCUCAGAAGAAAUGAUGAAUUGGUUCCAAAUCCGGAAAAGUCAGAAAUGGGGAAAAUCCAGAUCCCGUUAGGAUUUCCAUCAGAGCACCCUUACACAUCUCACAUACCAAAGUUCCAGGUAUUCCCGUCGCUUGAGUCCCCAGAAGACAUCAAAAAGGGAAAACUAGCUGUUACUCUUCACCCUACCCUACCUCCCACAGCUCCAGCUUCGGCACCAGACCCCAGCAUACUUGAGAAAACCAAGGGUCAUUUUGACCGGAGGGAGUUGGUGUCGGUUCAGAAAGAGUCCGAAAGGAAACCUUUAACCUGGCCGGAACACAACCUUCUUCAGUUGGUCAAGGGCCCGGAAUUAAAGAGACAAGUCUACUACCCCGUACCUCCUACUUCAGUAGUGCCAAACACCCCCGACAGAGAUUCAUCCCUGGCAGUAACCCCCCGGACUGCGAACGCCUUGUACAAUGUUCAGCGGAGCUUCUGGCAAACACAUUACCAACAGCAGUUUACAGGCAACGGACCACAGAAUAUCCUUAAAUUGGAUAAUUUCGACGAGGUUUUCAAAGGGGAGAGCGACACCUUGAGAGAGCAUUUCAGGAAUGAAUUCGCCCCACCGCGGGUUCUGGAGGGACGCCACACUGACGUCAGAAAGAAAACCAAGAGAAAGAAAAAAGUCGUUGUAGGCCGUGGCACCGAACUGUGGAUGACAGACAGUGAAGACGAGGGAGAAGAAGAAGCUCGGGAAAAGUCUAUCAAAAAGACUCACGGAAAUUGCUUUGUAAAGGGAGAAAUCUUAGAUUUGACCACUGGUCCCAAAUUCAGCGAUGGAUAUUUGCAGAAUAGCUUGAUUAAUCCUAGCGGGGAAUAUUCCGACGUGCAUGCUUUCGCUCGUGCUCAUCCCCAUUUAUAUUACUCUUCCAUUACAAAUAACGAGAAUUCGAAGUAUUUCAGUGAGCUUGCACGACCUGUCACCGCCCCUGAGAGUGUCAAGCGAUCAGCUCCCCCCAUACUGAAUAACAUGCCAAGUCAAAUUCCCGAGCAAACGAAGACAGGUUCGACCAGUAGCGACUUGUACCCGAAGUGGUUCCGAUCAGCCAAGCUUGGAGAGAAUCAUAGGCCUAGUACAGCACUUUUGGAUUUGCAAGACCGCUGGAGUAAAACUGAAGCUCGUCGAAGAUUUCACGAGCAGUUUCCUGAAAACGCACCAGACAUUCGUCGAAAGCCAGACAUGCGCAUUACAACGAAUGAAAGAAGACAUGUUGUCCCGGAAAGUGGUAUUCAUGUUUACUAUUUCCACCGUUGAAAAUGUGACUAGAGUGAUUUUGAAAGACAAGCGUUGUGUUCAGAGAAGCUUUUAUGUAGCUUAUAUUUCACGUGUGAGAAACAAAGCUUCAUUUUUGCGUUUUGUGACCUCCGUCAAUGAAAAGUUCAGCUUCUUUUCGGUCGUGGUCAUUAAGAAUUAAUGCGAUGUUUCGUGAACAAUUACGUUGCUUUAACUCAGAAGAAAAAAAAAAGGUCAUGAAAAUUGAAAUGAAACGGUAACAUGAUAUAAGACUUGGGAAAUAAAAAGUAAUAUAUUGUAACUUCUAA